AAAAAUUAUUAGUUGUUUCAUUUUUUCCCCCCUUGCAUUCUUUGCUUCUUCUCUUUCCUCAUUGGGGGUGUUCUGUUCACUCUUACCAAAAAGGAAGUAGUUUCUGUGCUCUCUCCAGCUUUCUUUUACAGAAGUGCAGAACCAAGUGUGUCGGUCUCCGUCCCUUCACACUCUCCAUUCCCAGCUGCUCCUUCUGCUCUGAUAAUGGCUGCCCUGCAUUUUGCUGGUGGCAUCAUUUUGUUCUUGUAAUGGGUCAUGACCGUCUUCUCCAGAAGGUUGGAGCUAGGUAUUGAUCAAUUCCUGGUUUCACCCUUGAGCAUGAAAACACGACCAAUAGAUGGCUGGCAGUCUCUUAUGCCACUUCGUUUCAGAGGAAAGUCAGCUGCUCACAGCAUGUUCCAAAAAGUAAAGUCAGCCAGGAGAAACCCUGGCAACACUCCUGUCUACCUAAACGUGUAUGACUUAACAACAGUCAAUGGCUAUGUCUAUUGGGCAGGCCUUGGUAUCUUUCAUACUGGCGUGGAAGUUUAUGGCAUAGAAUAUGCUUUUGGAGCACAUGACUACCCAACAAGUGGUGUCUUUGAGGUUGAACCGCGGCAAUGCCCAGGCUUCAAGUUUAGGAGGUCAAUAUUUAUGGGGACAACAUGCUUGGAUCCUGCCCAAGUUAGAGCGUUCAUGGAGCGCCAAUCUUUAAACUAUAAUGGUGAUACAUAUCACUUGAUUGUUAAGAAUUGCAACCAUUUCUGUGAGGAUAUCUGCUACAAGCUGACAGGGAACUGGAUACCAAAAUGGGUGAAUCGGCUUGCAAGAAUAGGUUCACUAUGCAACUGUAUUCUCCCAGAGGCCCUUAAAGUUUCUGCCGUCCACCACGACCCCAACGUACAAGGAUGUGACAGUGAAAAGAGGAGACUGAGAAGUGCCUUUAGUUGCCUGUCAUCAAUCUCAAUGCCUCUGCCUCUACCCCAGAGGGAAGUGUCGAUGUCCUCACUAUUUCUGCACUCCCACUAUAAAGGCUGCCUACCACCCUGGGAGUUGAAGAGAUCCAAAAGUACCUCAUCAUUGAAGCUAGGGUGAGAAGAUUCUCGUUCAUAUCCUUUUCAGUUUCAAAGAAUAUCAAUCUUCCACCCAAGAUUUCCAUUGGGGGAUGCUCAACCUUCUGUAAACCAAGGCCACUUGAAGGGAUAUCAUCUCCAUGCUUUUUGCCUGUUGUUCCUGUGAGUGCUGCAACAUAAGGCUUUUCUCUUUCUCUUUUUCUGCUGACCUGUGGCUGUGUAAGUGAAGUUUUCAUGUUUGUGUUUGAGUAUCAUGCAUUGAUUGAUUUUAAAUUGGUAGAAAAAUUGAUGAUUGAAGUUGUAUUUAGUUCCUGCAAUAGUUUCUCUAGGUUCAAUGAGCUCUUAAUUAAUAUUUCCACUCUUA